GAGUAAAGUUAAACGUGAAUUUUAACAGAGAAAUAAAAUAAAAGCAAAAAGGAAGAAGAAGUGCGUGUUUUACGCCGAUUAAACAUGGCAAUGUCUCGACGAACUCUGCUCCAACUUUUCUUGAAAAGAACGUCUUUCUCAUCAACUCUAAGCAUUCUACCAGAAGCAAUAGGCGCUGAUUAUGAAUGUAUUCACGCAAAACAAAGCAUAAGUGCAAAGGAACAAUAUGCAAAACCUUAUGCUGACAUUCCCGGCCCACGAGAGCUUCCGAUUAUCGGAAAUGCAUGGCGUUUUGCUCCAAUCAUUGGUCAACACAAGAUCGAGGAACUCGAUAAAGUGAUGCUACAACUUCAUGAAGUCUACGGAAAAAUCGUAAAAGUGAGUGGAUUAAUUGGUCAUCCUGAUUUGUUAUUCAUUUACGAUGGCGAUGAAAUCAGAAACACGUUUCGACGAGAAGAAAUUUUACCGCAUCGACCAGCAAUGCCAUCAUUACAUCACUACAAGGGUGAAUUGCAUAAAGAUUUUUUCGGCGACUGUCCCGGAAUAAUUGGAGUACAUGGCCAAAAAUGGGACAACUUUCGCUCUAAAGUUCAACAAGUAAUGCUCAAUGCAAAUGCUGUUAAGAAAUACGUCUCCCCUUUAAACGACAUUGCCGACGAUUUUUUAAUACAUAUGGAAGGAUUAUUGGAUGAUCAAAGGGAACUUCCAGGUCAUUUCUUACACGAGCUUUACAAAUGGGCUUUAGAAUCUGUUUGCCGUGUUUCACUCGAUACACGAUUAGGUUGCGUCUCGAAGAAUCCAAAUCCCGAGUCGAAGAAAAUUAUCGAAGCUAUUAACACUUUCUUUUGGACUGUAGCUGAAGUUGAGCUUCGAUUACCUGUUUGGCGUUUUUAUAAAACCAAAACAUUCAAAGACUACAUUGGUGCGCUUGACAGCUUCCGAGAAUUGUGCAUGAAGCACAUCGAGAUCGCUAUGAGCAAAUUGAAUUUAGAGCAGGAGGUCAACUCAGAACACGUUUCAAUUGUAGAACAGAUUUUACAUGAAACACGAAACCCAAAAAUUGCUGCCGUAUUGGCUUUAGAUUUAAUGCUUGUAGGAGUUGAUACUACAUCUGUCGCUAUUUCCUCUACAAUGUACCAGUUGAGUCAGAAUGAGGACAAACAAGAGAAACUUUUCAACGAACUAAAGCAGGCAUUAGUUGAUAAGGAUUCGAAAGUGACGUCAGAGACACUUCAACAAUUGCCUUACUUGAAGGCGUGCAUCAAAGAAACGUUGCGCAUGUAUCCAGUGGUGCUUGGAAACGGCAGAAGUCUUCAAUCUGACGCUGUCAUCUGUGGCUACAACGUUCCAAAAGGCGUAAUUUCUCACAUUUUAUUUUUCCUUCUUUCACCGGAUAUUCAAUUUUCCUUUCCCGAUGUUUUAACUUUACAGACUCAUGUAAUUUUUCCGCAUUAUGUUUUAUCGAACAAGGAAAGUUACUUCCCGGAACCGUCAAAAUUUAUCCCCGAACGAUGGCUGAAAAAUGAUGAACAAACUCAGAACGAUAUUCAUCGAUUUGUGAGUCUUCCUUUCGGUUACGGUCGACGUACUUGUAUUGGCAGACGUUUCGCAGAAGCGGAAUUGGCCAUUUUAUUAUCAAAAAUUUUCCGAAAAUAUCACGUCAAAUAUAAUUACGGCACAAUGAAUUACCGAGUUAGUCCAACAUACAUUCCCGAUAAGCCACUGAAAUUUCAACUCGUUGAGCGCGACUCUUAACAGUAUUUUUUUAUUCAUUUGUUGCUGAUAACGAUUUUAUCUUUUAUCACUUUUAUAAAGCUUUAAAAUAUUUGUAAUAUUUUUUUUUUGUAUAAUUGUUGCUCAUUAUUGAGUACGCUUAAGCUUUAAACCAAUAAAUUGUUCACUGAUUCAC